AUGAGAGGUAAAUAUGUGCAUGAAAUCGUCAGUCACAAGGUGAUUCCCGCCAGGGCAUACGACUACGUCCAACUGGUGUCCAAAAUCUACCCUGCCAUUGCCCAGGAUCCCAAGAACGGAGUGCACUUGGUGGGUAGUUGGAGAACGGUCAUUGGUGACCAGGACACUUAUACGCAUAUUUGGGAAUACAAUGGGUUUGAGGGUUUCCACCGCACUCAGAAUGUGAUUCACGAGGACCCUAAGUAUCUACAAUACCUCGGCGAGUUGAGAGAAUGUCUUCGUUCGAGAGAAUCGUCGAUUAUGCAAGAGUUCAGUUUUUGGGGAGGCACUGCCGCUCCUCGUGAACUCGGGGGUAUUUUCGAGCUUCGUUCAUAUGAUUUAAAGGCUGGAUGUUUGCUUGAAUGGGAGACCCACUGGAAAAAGGGCAUUGAAUGCCGUCGUCAGGUCAUGGAACCUGUUGGCGCCUGGUUCAGCCAGAUCGGGUCUCUAAACCGAGUCCACCACUUGUGGCAGUUUGCAGAUCUCGAGCAUCGUAAAUUGAGUCGUGCCAGGAGCUGGGAAAUCCCCGGCUGGGCUGAAACUGUAAGUGCUAUGAUUUUUAUUUGUGUGUCGUUUUGCAAUACUAACUACUCUUUUAGACUCACGAGACCGUUAAACUCGUGA